AUGGUUGUUCGUGCGCAGCGUCAGAAACGCAUACGCACCCGAGACGAAGAGCAGGAAGAAGAUGAGGGUGAAUGGGCGAUUGGUGCGCGUAGAGUAGCCAGUCCGGCACACCAACCUCUUCCACUGCCAAUCCAAAGGGAUGACGGAAGUGGAAGGUUCAGGAGGAGUCGGCUUGUUUUUGGAGACAACGUGCCAGAACCUCAGAUCGCCAGACGUGUUCAUGGGAAUGGCAGGGUAGAAAUGCAGGGGGGUGUAAAUGUAGACUGCACAACCGAAGAUUCAUCAGCAACGUUCCAGCAUAAAGAUACCCGACGUCCAGUUCCGAGGCCGCGCAUGACCAUUGUUGAUAGCGACGCUAUCACCAAGGUCCCAUUGGAUAUGCAAGAGACAAGGCAAGAAAACAGCCAUAAUGUCAGCAAGCAGCGCGCCCCACGCGUGCGCUUCGACGAAGCAUUGAGGAUGCAUAGUUUUGCCGGAAGUCAAUACAUAGGUCGAGUGAUUGACAAGGAGUGUGCAGUUCUCCAAUCGCCUAUGGAUGAGAAAGACCAAGAGGGAGGAGUGGACAAGCGUAAUGUUUAG